GUUUAUAACCUAUAAUUCUCAAAUGUAUUAUUAAAUUAAUUAUUUGUUAAUUUUAAAGCUUUACUACAUAACAGAAACCACAUAAGCAGCUUAAAUUAAUUAAUUUUGGUUUUUUAUUUCUUGUUAAUAGUGUCCAACUAGUGUAAUGAUGUAAGAACAAUAAGAAGAAAUCCACGAAUCACUUGUCUCAUUUUCGUAGUUUUUAAUAUGAUUGGAUUGCAAAAGUUAUAGAAGAAAAGUGAUUGGCCUGAUUUAACCAAGAAGAAUUUAAUUUUCCAGAAAGAAAUUAAACUAUUUUACUAUGUCUGUAUUUUUUGUAAACGCUAGCGACACUGUAGAAGAAUCUAAAGCAGAACCAGCAACUUCAGAAGAUCAAUGUCAAACCCAGAGCGAAGCCCAGGCAGAACUCCAGCAGUUUUGGUCCAAAGUAAUGGAAGACAUAAGGGGAAUUGGAGUUAUGGACCUUAAACAACAAGUGCUACCUUUGGCAAGAAUAAAGAAGAUAAUGAAGCUUGAUGAAGAAGUUAAAAUGAUAUCUGCAGAAGCACCAUUACUCUUUGCUAAAGCAGCUGAAAUAUUUAUACAUGAAUUAACACUUAGGGCAUGGAUACACACAGAAGACAAUAAACGACGUACAUUACAAAGAAAUGAUAUUGCAAUGGCCAUAACUAAAUAUGACCAGUUUGAUUUUCUCAUUGAUAUUGUACCCAGGGAUGAUAUUAAACCUACGAAGGUAAAGGAAGAAGGUACUGGAAAGUUAUCUGUGAAUGCAGACCAGGUCCAUUACUACUUUUCAUUAGCUCAACAACAUCAAGCAGGUUCUCUACAAUCAAACAGUACAACACAGUCAGGAGCCAGUACUACUGCUGCCACUACUACAGCUCAACCCCAAAAUGCUAUUCAAAUCGUACAACCUCAAGUACAAACAGUUCAAGUUAGUUCUGUGGACCAGAAUGCCAGUGCAUCCACCACGUCGUCUACAAAUGUAACCCAAGCUCAGGUCAUGCUACCUCAAAGUCCCACGUCCCCUUCCCAAGCACAAACAGGUGGUAUUCAAAUUGUUCAACAAAUUGUAACACCAAGUGGAGAAAUACAACAAAUACCUAUUCAGCUAUCUCCCCAACAACUCCAAAUGAUAAGAAUGCAACUACAAAACAAUACUUCUCAGCCCCUAAUUAUACAAGCAGCCCCCAUUCAAGCAGCAGCUCAACCCCAAAUUAUUCAACUGUGUUCAUUGGGUGGGGCAUCAAAUUCUGCUAGUCAACCAGUAUUUAUAACAAAAAACAGUGGAAACAGCGAAAACGAAUAGUAUUUCUAAUUUAUUCCCUUUAUACAUAUUAAUAAAUAAUGUUAAGUAAUCAAUUAAUUGAUUAAAUGUAUCCGUGAU